GCUGUUGGGACACAAGCCCAGGCUUUUGCGGGGCGCUUUCUCGAGCUCUGGGGUUGUCUCCGCGGGAGGGCGGUCGAGGAACCUGGUGCAUCCCGGGGAGAGUCGCAGUCCGGGUCAGUUUCCUUCUCCACUGCAUUAGGUAGCGGUGGUUGCCAUGACAACCCAGGCAGGUUUGGUGGCGAACCGAGGCCGGCGUUUCAAAUGGGCCAUUGAGCUGAGCGGUCCGGGAGGUGGCAGCAGAGGCCGAAGUGACCGGGGAGGUGGUCAGGGAGAUUCCAUGUAUCCAGUGGGUUAUUUGGACAAGCAAGUUCCCGAUACCAGCGUGCAGGAGACAGACCGGAUCUUGGUUGAAAAGCGUUGCUGGGACAUUGCUCUGGGUCCCCUCAAACAGAUCCCCAUGAACCUUUUCAUCAUGUACAUGGCAGGAAACACUAUUUCCAUCUUUCCUACUAUGAUGGUGUGUAUGAUGGCUUGGCGGCCCAUUCAAGCACUUAUGGCCAUUUCAGCCACUUUCAAGAUGCUGGAGAGUUCAAGCCAGAAGUUCCUCCAGGGCUUGGUUUAUCUCAUUGGGAACCUCAUGGGGUUGGCUUUAGCUGUCUAUAAGUGCCAGUCCAUGGGGUUGCUGCCCACACAUGCAUCAGACUGGUUGGCUUUCAUUGAACCCCCUGAGAGAAUGGAGUUCAGUGGUGGUGGGCUACUGUUAUGAUCAGGGGAAAACAUGAACUGGCAUCCUGGA